GAUGGCGGGGGCUGGGCCUUAGUGACUCCAUUAGAAAACAUAACUUUUUUUAACUCGAGUGAGUUUUAUGAUAACACGGGUUGAAGUGGUUUACGUCAACAUGGGUAUGUUUGUGUCGUGGUGUCGUGCGGCACUCUGGCCUAAUUUCACUUUAAUUUCCUUAUUUUUGCUGAUGGACGUGGAGCUUUGCUAAACUAUAUAGCUAGCGUUGCGGUUAGCUCCCUCAGCCGGGGCUGAGAUCCCCGAGCUCCGCUGGAGUGUUCGUGUUUACACCGCUGCCUCUGUAGAAGGUGAAGGAGGGGGAUUGCAGGCGAAAAUAGUAGGGACGACGCGCCACAAUAAUGGGCACCAGAACUGGAUCCGGGCGUGCGGGUAACGGAGCUGGGGUGAACAAUCUGUCUGUGGAAACACCGGGACCUGGACAGGGAGCCCGGUUUGAAGAGACUGAGAUUCUCUACAGUUCCGAUCAGGACUCGGAAUCCGGAGACGAAGAGGGUUCAGGAGGAGAGAGGAGAGGAGUAAAGCGAGAGAGGAGCGAUCGAGAGGUCCGGCACCCCUCAGCUUCCUCAUCCGUGGGUCAGGGCGGGGGUCGUGUGGGGGUCGGUGCCGGUGUGCCAGGAGCCAAACCCGGGAAGAAAACCAGAGGAAGAGUAAAGAUAAAAAUGGAGUUCAUCGACAACAAGUUGAGGAGGUACACAACGUUUAGCAAGAGGAAGACUGGCAUUAUGAAGAAGGCCUAUGAGUUGUCAACACUGACUGGUACUCAAGUGUUGCUGCUGGUGGCCAGUGAAACUGGUCAUGUAUACACAUUUGCCACCAGAAAGCUUCAGCCAAUGAUCACGUCAGAGACAGGAAAAGCCCUCAUUCAGACCUGCCUCAACUCACCAGACUCACCCCCACGCUCUGACCCUUCCACUGACCAGAGGAUGAGCGCCACUGGUUUCGAGGAAACUGAUCUUACCUACCAGGUGACUGAGGGUGAUGGCUGUGCUGAGGUCACCAAGGAUGUGGCCAAACAGACUCAGACCAUCUCCUCCACCUCUUCUUCAUCCUUGUCCACUGUCUCCAUGCCGGUUCAGACCAGCAACCCCACAUGGCAGCAGUCCUCGUCUUCAACCAAUGGAACUGUGCUGAAGACAUCAGCUGGUGUGGUUCUUCCAGCAGGCUUUACCUUCAUGCCAGGUACAUCACUGCCACCUGGCACACACACCAUCCCUCUCAGCCAGCUUCAGGCGCAGCCUCUGACCACUACGCUGCAGUCUGCGUCUACACAGCCCACCACACUGCUCCGCCUUCCCGCCACCGUGUCACUGGCAGGAGGUGGAGUCUCUCAGCAGCUGCAGACGGUCCAGGUGCAGUCCAGCAGCCUCGCCUCCAGCAACCACAGCAGCUCGGACAUCCACAUCUCCACGUCCUCCUCAGCCAGUCUUCCUCCUUCUAUGACCUCCCCGACUUCCUCCUCUAAUUCAGUGGCAGGUCACAUGAUGUACCCAGGUGGUCAUACCGUGAUGUACGCUACGCCCACGUCCUCUAUUGGUGACGGCAGCCUCACCGUCCUCAACACUUUUCCAACAACAGGGCAUGCCCAGUCACAUGACCCUGGUACUGUCCAGCAGGUCUUUCUCACCUCGUUGCCCCCAGUGGCUACUCAAAUUCCGGUGUCGACAGUGCAGCUUCACCAGAUGGUGAUUAGUCAGCCAAGCAGCAGCAGCAACCUGACUGAACUACAGGUCGUCAGUCUGGAUGUCCACCAAUCAAAAGACGAUUGACGUCACCGAACACAUCAGUACAAACACGUGAUUUGCUCACUCAGCCAGGAAGGUGCAAACAGACUUCCUGUUCACAUUUGUUCUCUUCAUGCAAAGGAAACCGGAGCAAAGACUCUGCUAUGAUGCUGUGCAACACACCAUGAGUGAUGAAACCAAGUGUGUUUACGUGUGAUGUGAACGCAACAGAGACAUCAACAUGUUUCAAAUUUUUAAAGUGCCAAAUACCAAGACGUUUCUCAAUGGAUUUAUGGUUAUUGUGGUGAUGAUGUCAUCACUGACUUCACAAACAACAGCUGGAGUGUAGCUUCAGUAUCAGUGAACUCACUGAUCUCAGUCAGUUUGCAUAUCGGGUAAUGUUGUGAUUAUUGAUGGUGAUCUGCAGCCACUAGGUGGCAGGGUGGUUAAUGUUAAGGUGCAAGUCCCAGCAGUAAUUGAUAAUCUUUCUUUCUUUUUCUCCCCUACAUUGUCAGUGGGGGAGGGGGGUUUCUACAACCCUGAAAAGGAUUAAGUGGUAGAGGAUAUAAAUGAAGGAUUAUUAGCAGUCUGAUCAGGGGCUUUGGUGUUCAUUGUAAAGUCCUUGUAUCGGCCUUUCUUGCAAUCAAGCUGCUUCAUGUUCACAAUGAAGCACAGUGUUUUGCCCUAAAAAAUUAAAGAUGGCUGCUUGGUGCAUUCCAUUUGUACUUUACUGAGUGGGGUUCCCCCAUCCUCUACCCAGAAGUAGCAACGGUAACCCUCACUCAUGUAAUUUCUGCUUGUCAGCCUAGGCACACUCUUCACAAUAUAGUCAUCAUUUGUUUAAGAGCUGUAUUUUGUACUGUUUUUAUAGCACUUUUGUUCUGUCAAAGGUUAUUUGACUUCACAAUUCUUCUAAUUCAAGGAACACAAAGGCUGCAAAAGUGUGGCUAAACACAGAAUAAGACAACUAUUUAUACAUACAUAUUUAAGCAUAUAUAUAAUAAUAUGUAUGUCCUUACGCUUAUGAACACAUAUUUAGUCACACAUAUUUAUUUGUGGCCACACGGUGGCAGAUGUUGGUAGGACACUUGUCUCUACAGCAAGAAGCUCACUGGUGCCAUUCCCAGGUGAUCUUUCUGUGUAGUGUGCAUGUUUCUCCCAUGUGUUCUCCACAUAUUCUCACUUCCUCCCACAGCCCAAACAUUGCAUAAUUGCCUUUGUUCAGCCUUAAGCGGUUGAUACCUUUUUAUUACUGUUGUGGUAAAUAAUUAUGCAUUACAGUUUUUAUUGUGUUUUGACUUUACCAAUUUGCCUGUAUGUCCCAGAAUAGGACACUGGUUCCUUCUCCAUUUUAAAAUUAUUUGUUUUAGAGAAGAGCAGUAUUUUUGUAUAAUACAACAAGACAAUAUACAGUAAGAUAAGGUGCAAGUGUCAAUCCUGAAUUGGAUGCACGUAUAUUAAGGGCUGGAUCCAAGUGAUUUCUCUGAUUAGGAUGUGUUUUUUUUUUUGCGGGAUUAAAUAUGAAUUAUUGAUUAAGCAUGUUUUUAAA